UACGAGUUGCGUCGUUCAUGGUUCUCCCCGGAAUGACAGUUGUUUUGUGGUUAUAAAGAUAGAUAGAAAAUUCUAUCUCUAUCUCUUCAACCACCACCAUUCGCAAACCGGGAAGAGUUGUUGCCAGUGAAGGAUGCCUUCAGCCGCGAAUGCAAAGUCCGAAAAACCAGCCUCUUCGGAGGCUAUGGAUAACUCACCGAUAAGACAAAUUAUGACGAUUAUUGAACACAAAAUCCGUAAUUUGGAGAAAAGAAAGAGCAAGUUGACAUCAUAUCGAGACUUGCAAAAAGCUGGGAAAGAACUGAACAGCGAUCAGAAAGUAGCAGUUGCUAAGUAUGAUGAAGUUGCCCAAACUCUGGAGUUUGCAAGGGAGCUUUCGAAGCAAGUUGCAUCAAUAGCUACUUCUGCAGAACGUGAAGCUAAGAAACAAGCAAAAAAGGAUGCCUGGGUUCGGUAUGCAGCAGAGACCAGCAAAAUCCGAGAAGUAUUGCUGGUCUUGGACUGCCUUAACCAAAUGGGGAACACAGAAGCCAGAAAUGAUUUUCUGAAUGGAACCAAUGGUGCAGUCAAGCUUACUGAGGAUGAUCUGAAAAUUUUAGAUGAUCUGUAUCCUGAAGUGACACCCAAACAUGAGCUUAAUGAAGAGGGUCAACCUGGAUUCCAUACUCAAACUACUAAAGCUGCUGAACAUCUGUAUGCCAUAGUUGAUGGGAAACCUAAAGAAGUUUUGGGUACCACUUACACUCAUAUCAAGAGGAUUAUUAGUGCAGUCCACGAAUGUGGCUACUUUGAUCGUUCAGCAGAAAUAGUAGCAUCUGAAAUUGAAGAAGUCCAUGGCCUGCCAGUGGAAGCUGAGGCUGUAGAAGCUGUGGAGAAUGAGGUGGAGGCUGAGGUGGCCGCUGCUUACCCUCCGGGGGCUCUGCCAGUGCCACCAGCGCCCGCCGUCGUUCCGGCGCCCGCCUACCCGCUCAGACCACUGCCGCCUAUCACGUUACAGGAGGUCGAACAUGCUUACUUCGCCCAACAAUAUCCUCAACAGAGACCUAUCGCCGAGGUUAUAGGAUCACAGAACUUUUUCUUUUUGCAAGAGUCUGAGAUCGACAGCCCCAUCGGCACUCCUCAACCGCCGGUGAUGCCCAAUCAGCCGUCGCCACCGGCGCCCAUCCCCACUCAGACGUUCACGAACCAACACUUCGUGCAGCUGCCGGGCGGGCGCGUGGCGGAGCCGGGCACGCUGGCCAUGCCGCCGCAGCCGCACUUCCCGCCGCACCCCGAGCACGCCUUCCCGCCCGGCGCCGUGCCGCUGCACCCCCACCACCCGCACCACGCGCUGCCGCCGCAGCCCGCCGGCCCCCCGCCGCCCGCCGGGCCCCCAGCCCGCCGGCCCCCCCCAGCCGCGCCCGCUGCCGCUCCCGUAGCCGCGCCGCCUCGUUUGGAUGAGCGACCCGUGGCGUCGCCUGCAGACGAUAAAAACGACGAUGACGCUAAAGAUGGUGGAAGCCCCGAACGCGACGAGGCUGGUGAACGUAAAAUUCAUGGGCAAGGUGAUGGCCAAGCUAGGUACCGACGAUUCGGACGCGGCGGCGGCGGUGGCAGCGGUAGGGGCGCUCCUAACGGACACCGUGGUCGUGGAGCGUUCCAAAACAGACAAGGAGGAGAGGGCUACCGUGGCAGGCACCCGGGUGACUACCAGGGCAGGUCUGGUAAAGAUGGCUACCAAAACAGACAAUAUGACGGCUAUCAGAACAGACACGGUAAAGACAGCUACCAGAAUCGUGGAGACGACCGUGACGGAUAUUACGGCAAUGGCGACACUGGUGACAGCCACCAACAGAAUGAAAAUGGUGGUCGUGACCGAUACAACGACAACCAGAGCUACCAAGGCGGUUUCAAGGGCCGCGGCAGAGGAGGACCGCGUGGCGGAGCUCGCGGUGCGACGCGUCCCCCUCGCGCACAGUACACACGUAAACCAGAAAAAGUGGAAUAGUUGAUGUGGAUCUCGACGGUGACUUGCGUUAGCUAUAUCACCACGAUAUAUAAAUGUAUUAUUAUGACGGACAAAUUCAUUCGUGAAAGGCAGAUUUCACCGGCAACAACGCGCUGUGGUUAACAAACGAGAGAUUAUGGUAUAAAAAUAAUAAAAAAGAAUAAAAAAAAAGUAAAAUAUUAAAACUUGAAACUGAAUAAAAAAUAAGUUACUUGAGUUUAGAUGUAUGAUAUAUGCAGUUAUUAAUACUUACGUAAUUCUAGAUUCUUGUAUAAGUUAUGUCACACACGUGACUAUAGUGACGCGGUUCGAGAGGGCCGCUCGUGGCCGCCGUCAGUCGCUCAGUACCUCGUGCGUGCCUCGUCCUCGUGAUAAUAUAAGUACAGGAGAUGUGCACACAACUGACUUGAACACUGUCAACUGGGACCUUUUUCCAAAUCACAUUGAUCUUUGUACUUUAAUACAGUUGGUUUAAAAUAAUAAUUAUAAUGUGUUAAGAUAUUAUAUACUUGUUUCUCAUAAAACAUCAAAGUAUAUUGUAAAAGCUUACAUCUCAAAAUGUAAUUAUAAUUUUGCUACUAUUCCUGCGCAUGUUUUUGAGUUUUGUUUUAAUUAUAUUGGAAUUGAACAGGUACACAAUACCUAAUAAUAACUAUCUUAUACCUGUUGACAUUUUAUGAUUUAAGCUACCGAACUGGCCAUAUCACGUUAUGUAUGUAACUGGAUUAUGUAUCGAUCUCUUCGUGAAUAGCUCUACUUGAUUUUACUUGUAAUUAUUUAUCCUUCAAAUAGAGCUAUUGUCGUCACAUUGAUCAGAAGUAAACAUAUUGUGGUAUUUGGUUCCCUGAAUUAUUUUUGUUUGUCUUGUUCAGACUUUUUUAUAUAUUCCUUAACAUUGUUCUCAAUAGAGGCUGUGUGCAAGCAAAUUAAAAGUAUUCUGUAAAAUUAAA